AUCAUUAUCUAUGGUGUAUUAUGGCUGUCUAGUCGAUCGUCAAGUAAAAGACCGUAUAUUUUCUUAAGUAAAUAAUUUUAAUAAACUCUAUUUUCUAAUGUAAGGGAAUUGUUAAUUAUACCUCAAGAACCAAGUAUGGCACCAAGGGGCUGAGGAUUGCUUAAAAUUUGGAGCAGUUCUCGAUUUUGAGUGCUCCUGGUGUAAACUGCAUUCCCAGCCCGCUUCCCUCCACGCCCAGUGACGUAGCAAGAUGGCGCAGGUCGGUGCCAACAUGGAAUACCAGGAGUACAAGUGGGCCUAUUCAAUCAUGGACUCAUCGAAGGUGUCAGCCUGCCUGAUCUCAAUGCUACUGAUAGUGUACGGCAGCUUCCGUUCCCUGAACAUGGAGAGGGAGGCGCGCGAGAGGGCGGAGAGGGAAAGAGAGGCCACGCUGCUGGGAGGCAAGCCCGCACCCUCCUGCUCACACAACAGCAGUUUCGUUCCAGAUGUGCAGACGCUGAACACGAUGCAGGCGCUGUGCUUCCCGCUCGGCUCCUCCGUGGCGCUGCUCAUCAUGUUCUUCUUCUUCGAUUCCAUGCAGACCCUCGUCGCCAUUUGCACUGCCAUAAUAGCAUGCGCUGCGCUGGCGUUCCUGCUGACCCCGCUGUGUCAGUACGUGGCGGGCGGCGCGGCGGGCGCGGGCGGCGCGCGCGCCUGUGGCCGGUACUCCGCCCCCGAGCUCGCGGCUGCCCUACUAGCUGCCUCCAUUGUCGCUGUCUGGGUGCUUACCGGACAUUGGCUGCUUAUGGAUGCAAUGGGCAUGGGUCUUUGCGUGACGUUCAUCGCGCUGAUCCGCCUUCCCUCGCUGAAGGUGUCCACGCUGCUGCUCACCGGCCUGCUGCUCUACGAUGUCUUCUGGGUCUUCUUCUCCUCCUACAUCUUUACCACCAACGUCAUGGUUAAAGUCGCCACCAGGCCUGCGGAGAACCCUAUGAACGUGGUGGCUCGUCGGCUGCAGCUGGGCGGGGCUAUGAGAGACGCUCCCAAGCUGUCUCUGCCCGCUAAGCUCGUGUUCCCCUCCAUGCAUCAUCAGGGACACUUCUCCAUGCUGGGUCUGGGUGACAUCGUGAUGCCGGGGCUGCUGCUGUGCUUCGUGCUGCGCUACGACGCCUACAAGAAGGCCACGCUCGUCUGCCAGAUGGGGCAAGUGCCCGGACCUCGGUCCAUGGGGUCGCGGCUGACGUACUUCCACUGCUCGCUGCUGGGCUACUUCCUGGGGCUGCUGACGGCGACGGUGUCUGCGGAGGUGUUCAAGGCGGCGCAGCCCGCGCUGCUCUACCUCGUGCCCUUCACGCUGCUGCCGCUCCUCACCAUGGCGUACGUCAAGGGCGAUCUGAGAAGAAUGUGGAGUGAGCCGUUCAUCGCGCCGAAUGGAAAGUCCGGCGCUGACUUCGACGUGUGAAGCAAAUCGCUGAACUAUGCUAUGUCCCCGGCGCGCCGCGACACAAAGGUCACUUUACAAUUUAUAAAUAUGCUUCAUUUAUAGUCUACAAAUUACUAUGACAGUGUUGCCAGUUAUAGAAAUGGCAAUAGACAACUCUAAUCUGUCAGUUGAAUAACCUGAUAAUGAAAAUAUAAAUUUCGUUAUUUUGUAGAAAACGUAUGUAAAUGCUACUGGAAACACUUAUUUAAUUUAAAAACAUUGUCCACGGCAAUUAUUUUCAAGUUCUUGGCAAUUUUAUGCCUUAAAUGUUGAAAAUUAUAAAAGUGUUGCGAUUUAAAAAGGCGAUUGAGGUGCCCUCAGAUUUUUAUAUUCUGUCAGGUUGCACGGAAAACUUUUCAGUAGUAAUUUAUGAUUGUAAAGAUAAAAAGCAUAGACAAAUUUCUUAGGUUUAUAUUAUCUGUCAUCUGUCACUUGUCAAAUGUCAGUGUUACCAUUUCCUGGCAGAGUAAUUUUUGUUUAACUAUAAAUUGUUACAUAUUUAUACUUUUAGAAGCUUUAGAAGUUUGUGUUUCUGUAUUCAUAGUUGUUUGUAUGAAAGUCUGUUAAUAGUUACAUCGUAAUUCUAUUGUCACGAUUGGCUUAUAAAAUUGUUAUACAUUAAGUUUUAAUAUAUAUGGCUUAGUGGGUCACGUUAUAUUUUAAGGUACACAAUGUAAAGUAUGUAGAUGUCAACGAUUUAGUUACAUAAAGUAUUUUCUGCUGUAAAAUGAAGCAAAUUCUAUUAACAUUUUGACUUCUGUCAGAUUGUAAGCGGCAAAUUACGUGAGGUUUUUGAUUCGUUUCAAUAUUCGGCCGUCAGUAAUUUCAUGGUUAUACUUAAGCAGCCCCUUAGUGAAGAUUUCUCUCACUGGAUAUUCUCUAAGUAAAGAACUACUUUGUAGUUAGUGAUGUAGAGGUAACUUUUCGCUUACAUAUUCUCAUAUAGUCUGAUCAGGAAUAUAAAAAACUAGCUGUUGCUUACGACUUCGUCCGCGUAAAA